AUGGUGGCGAAGCUAGUUGCCCAGCCGAAGAGCCUGCUUGAACGGUUGAAUGAACCGUAUGCAACGAUCCCAAGGAAGCAGCUUGCCGUGGACGUUCGACAGCGAGAGGCCUCCAGAAAAAUGGAGAAAGAAAAGGGAAACUGCCAAAAGACCCAGCAAAGACGCGAAGCUCUUGCGGCGGAGGUGUUGCGAGACAUGCGACGAUUGGAGCGUGCAGGGCCCAAGAGCUUUAUCGAUGGCUUCGGGGGAUCGGCCUUCUUUGGCACGAGGCCACCUACAGUUGAGGAUGAGAGGGCGGCGGCACUUGUUGCGCCUGAUGAGACAGCGUAUGACCUGUUUCAGAUGCUACGCAACAGCCGUGGAACUGCUUUGCCAUGCUUUGAUGAGCACCUGCCAGCAGGCAUUCUAAGCCCAGACUAUGCAGUGGUGCUGCAUGGCGAGCCGAGCACGGGCAAGUCAGUGCUGCUGCGAAACAUCCUUGCGACCCAUUUGCUUCCGAAGGCCUGUGAUGGUCACGGACUUCCCUCAGUGCUGGUGGAUGCUGAUAAUGCCUUCGAUGUGUGGCUCUUGGCCAAGCUUCUUCAGGAUCGGGCGCGGCGCAGUGGUGUCAACUCCGAGGAGGCUGUGGAUUUGGUCACUGACGCCUUGGGUCGAUUGCUGGUCUUCCGGCCCUGUGAGCCCUUGGAUUUGCUGCAGCAACUCCGUCAGCUGCGUAGCAUCUUCUCCUCAAACCCCACUGCAGGGCUGUUGGUCAUUGACUCCAUGUCAGCUUGGCAGUCCAUGACGGCAGCCUUCCCUCGCUCUGCCGGUGCCACCCUGAAGGAAUGUUGGAGAGCUGUGGCCCGUUUGCAGCAAGAAGCCUCAGUUGCAGCCGUCAUCGCCCACCGCGACGCAGCUGUGGAAUUCCCCUUGCACUUUGAGGCCAUACACUUGGGUGUUGGGUGCUGCCCCAAGGUCCAGCCUAAAGGGGAGGAGCAUCUGGAAGCAAGUAAAAAAGUCAAAGCCCGAGCUUUGCAGCCCAUCACCAGGCUCGUGCCAGCGGUGUCGCUCUUCCAACUUUGCUUAGCCAGCGCUGCCCUGCACGCACGGGCCACGCUCCUCCGCGCCUGUUUGGCGCACCGUGAGGGUCGCUUCGCAGCGGCGGAGGUUGCGGCCGGGGAUCUCACGGGAGUGAAGACCCUUUGCUCGAGUCGAUUUGUAUCGGUGGUCUUCUGUGGCCGUUGCUCGAUGCAGCUCCUUGACCUGUACAGUGUGACCCCGUCAAAGGCGGAGAGGCUGCCCGGAGUUGGAGGAUGCAUUGGCAGGGAAUUGCAGCACCGCAGGAAAAGCAAUCAUUGCAGUCAAGGGCCUAUUGGCCAGCAAUUGGCCGUUUCGCCAAAGCAAACGUCCAUUGCCAACCAACAUGAGCUGCAACGAGAGGAGGUGAACGGAGCCAAGGCAGCGGGCCCAGGAGUGCUUCGUGGUCCUCGCAUUCCUCCGCCUCCACUGGCGCCACAGCCAGGAGAAAUUCAUGGGAUUCAUGGUCCUGACAAUCCUCCACAGGCUACGCCAAAGCAUGCGUCCGUCACCAAUGACCAGAAGGAGCUGCAACAGGAGGAGGUGACCAAGGAAACAGCAGCGCCGCACCGGAGCCAUGAGGCACAGCAACCAAUGAUGUCAGCGGACUAUUUGACACAAAUUGGCCUUGCUGCGGCAAGGCCAAAGCAUGCGUCCGUCACCAACAACCAGAAUCAGCUGCGACAGGAGGAGGUGACCAAGGCUACGGCUACGCCAAAGCAAGCAUCCGUUGCCAUCCACCAGAAUGAGCUGCAACAAGAGGAGGUGAGCGGAGCCAAGGCGUUUGACCAGCCAAAGGCAGCAUUCGGUGGUCACACUGUUGGCAGCCUUGCAGCUGGAGCAGCUACGCCAAAGCAAGUGCCGGUUGCCAUCCAUCAGAAUGAGCUGAAGCAAGAGGAGGUGAGCGGAGCCAAGGCGUUUGGCCGGCCAAAGGCAGCGUUUGGCGGUCACACUGCUACGCCAAAGCAAGUGUCCGCUGCCAUCCAUCAGAAUGAGCCGGAGCAAGAGGAGGUGAGCGGAGCCAAGGCGUUCGGGCGGCCAAAGUCAGCGUUUGGCAGUCACACUGCUACGCCAAAGCAGAAUGAGCUGGGGCAAGAGGAGGUGAGCGGAGUCAAGGCGUUUGGCCGGCCAAAGUCAGCGUUUGGCAGUCACAUUGCUACGCCAAAGCAAGUGUCCGCUGCCAUCCAUCAGAAUGAGCUGGAGCAAGAGGAGGCUACGCCAAAGCUGGUGCAAGAGGAGGUGAGCGGAGCCAAGGUGUUUGGCCGGCCAAAGGCAGCGUUUGGCAGUCACACUGCUACGCCAAAGCAGAAUGAGCUGGUGCAAGAGGAUACUACACUUGAGAAGGGCCUUCGAAUUCCACUUGCGUUUGGCUGGCCAAGGGCAGCAUUUGGCAGUCACACUGUGCCAGUUUUGGCGGUGAGUGCGCAGAACAAGCAUGAGGCUACGCUAAAACAAGGGUCCGCUGCCAUCCACCAGAAUGAGCUCCAACAAGAGAAGGUGAGCGGAGCCAAGGCGUUUGGCGGGCCCAAGCAGUCAACAUCCAACUGGAUUGCUCAUGGACCAGCAUCUUCUUGGACUGCCGAGCACCGAGCAGCUCCAGCGCCAAGUGGAAAGGAUUGGUCACGAGGUGACUGGAAUCAUGACGAUCAGACAGAUCCGUGGCAGCAAGUAUGUCGCCAGCGUGCCUUGGAGCAACAAGGAGCGCAGAAGGAGGGGAAGGAAGAGGAAGAAGAGGACGAGGAACCAGAUGAUUGGAAUGAUUGGAAGCAAUGGAGAAGUGAUUGGUGGAGUGGUUGGAACUGGCGUGAGAGCUCUGAUCGGUGGAAAGAAGAGACACUGGAAGACAAAGCAGAGCAACGAAAGUGGGAAGUGCAGCAGGAAACUGAGGCCAACCGCCGGAAACUGCAGCGCAAGGAGGCGCAGAAGCAACGCGAACAGGAGUUGCAAGAAGCCAAGUGGCGUGCGGAGAGAGAGCAGAAGGAGAAAGAACGUCAGGAACCAGAUGAUUGGAAUGAUUGGAAGCAAUGGAGAAGUGAUUGGUGGAGUGGUUGGAACUGGCGUGAGAGCUCUGAUCGGUGGAAAGAAGAGACACUGGAAGACAAAGCAGAGCAACGAAAGUGGGAAGUGCAGUCUCGUGUUCGCCCGAGCACAUGGACCCCACCGCCUUCCUCGGUGACGGAGGUGCAGAAGCAACGCGAAGAGGAGUUGCAAGAAGCCAAGUGGCGCGUGAAGGGAGAGCAGAAGGAGAGGGAACGUCAGGCGCCAGAAGACAAAAAGUUGUCAAACCUUAAGGUGCCAGAAGACAAGAAGUUGUCAAAUCUUGAGGCGCUAGGGCCAGUUGGUGAUCGUGUUCCUUCCAACGGGCCUCCGCCGAGAAUGAAGGCAGCGGGCCCAGGAGAGCUUUAUGGUCCUCGCAUUCCUCCGCCUCCACCGGCGCUAGGGCCAGGAGAAGUUCAUGGUCCUUGCAACCCUCCACAGGCGCUGAACUACUUGAACUUGAACAAGAAAUAUGAGGUGACCAACAAGGUGGUACCUAUGGGACGCCCGCACACGCCAUUUCUUUCCUGGCACGAGGAGUCUUUAGCAUCCGUGAAGACGUUAUUAACCAAGGUCUCGCAUUCCGACAGAUGGGCAGAUGCUCCGGUUCAGGACGACAAGAAUUCCACCAUACACAGCAUCCAGACGGAAGGACAAGGCUUUACUACCGAAGAGCUGGCCAGAAUCCGUGAGCAGUUCGGGCUCAACAAGCCAAAAAAACAAAGUUUCACUCCGAAGGAAGAUGAGGCGCUGCAUCGGAAACGGAGCUGGAAAGAGGGAAAAGAAGACUUCGAGAGCGAUAGCUUGGAAGGCCACAAGGACAAACUCUCAAGGGUGGGUGACGCAGUCCAGACCGUUGGGAAAGACCACCAGGAUGAGGCUGCAUGCAGCGAAUCAGAUACAACAGAGGAUAGUUUGGCCGAAGAAGUCGGUGUGAUAGAUGAGGCAGCCGCAGUGCGUUUUGAAGAGUGGCUUCAGGGCAAGAGGGACAGAGUCGAAGAGAAGGACUACAUGCAUUUCAAUCGAAAGGCCUACAGAGACUUAGUUGUGGAUCCAGGUUGGAAAGUCACGACAAAGCCGCAUGACGAAUGUGGCUUUCCUGAUCCAGGCAAAACGGAUUGGAAUCAUCCUGAGAAGGUGUCAGAACACUACUAUUGGUGCAUGGGUGGCUUGCCAGGCAUGGAGCGAGGUCUCCUCCUCAAGCCUUCCAUGGAUCCGCCUCAAGAUCCGCCGCCCAAAACACCACCCAUCGCCCUGGGAUCUGCUCUCAAAGAUCGCCAUCGCCCAUUCAAGCCUCGGUCGCCUUCGCGAUCUCCUGCCCGGCCGCCCGCACGAUCUCCUGCUCGGUCGCCUUCGCGGACUCCUUCGCAAAAAGUCCGACAACGAGGGGGGAGGAGGCUUCAAACAGCUCGACGGCGGAGUCGCACUCGCGCCCCACCCAGCCGCAGGGUUCCGGAGCGAUCCAACCCGGCCCUGGAACAGUUUCUCAUCGACCAUGAGAUCAAUGAAAAGGCAACGCAGGUUCUCCGCCAGGCGGCUCCUGAAGUGCAGGAGCAACUGCUACGAACCAUUCGCUUGGACCAUGCAUACAACCCUUCGGGGGUUGCGCUCACGAAGCUCCGGGAGCUCGAACUCCCCCGGGGCCGUCCGACGCCGCCCGAACCACGCGACGCGUGGACCCGCGCGACAGGAGACGAGAGACCCGAGGCGCCGAGGAGACGGGACGGACGCCGAGCAGACGCCUUCUCGGCACGGAGGAUACUGCUUGAAAGAAUCCUGGGAGAGCCAGACUUUGCACACUACCAAAGGGAGGGGCGACACGAAUUGGUUCCGGUGAGGCAGAUCAAACAAGUUCAAGAAGACCCACGCGCUGGAACUCCUGUCCUCAUCCGAUGGGACUUCAACAACUACACCUUGGUCUAUGGAUCUCUGUCGCAGGCCGAAGGUGGAAAUGUCCGCGCUUCUGUCUACGAUUGGGACACUGUACCAGCACCCCUUGCAUGCAAGAUGGCGCUGGACAGCCAGGAUUUGAGAGAUGCCCUUCGUCCUUUCCUCCAUGGCAAGCGGCAUGCGCUCUAUGAUCCGGCGGAGAACAGGGAGGCGUGGAAGGACUACUCCUCAAAGCGGGCGCUUGUUGAAGUGCAGUACAUCAGACAUUCGCACAAUGAGGUCAAUCGCUACUUUGCACAUGGUGAGCAUGCCAACAGUUCAGUGCUGGACUUGAUCGAGGACCUCAUCAAUGAGAAAGCCCACCCACAGGAUCUUACUCCCUUCGUGGUGAUCCAGUUCACCAAGCUGGAGUAUUGGGCGGUCUUUGGGAAUCGACGGCUCAAAGCCCUGAAAGAGUUCCAAAAGUACCUGGAUGACAGGCGCGACCCUCUCCAAGUGAAGGCAAGAUGUCUAGUCUGGAAAAAGGAAGAGGUGCCAGCAGUCCUUGCCUGCAAACUGGCCAUGAGUACAACGACCACGAACCUCGGCAAGUUUGCGGAUUGGGCUGACAAGAAAGGAAAAGGCAAAGGAAAAGGCCGUCGUUGAGUCCGCCUUUGGCUCAGGUCCGCCUUUGAGACAACCACCGAGAGUACCAUCAACGUCUGGCCGUGUGUCAGUCGAAAAAGAACGGAGCUGGACGCGUUUCGGCACGGUCGGGUCGCGAGGGGCCGGACAAGGGCAGAUUUGGAUUAAUUUCGUCCGAUAUCGCAGCGGCGUUCAAGCUGGGUUGGUGAGUGGUUCUGGAAGGCCAUAUAAGUAGUUUUCAUU